ACGCACACCAACAGCCUUAGAAUUUAUGGCUGUCUGCUCAGACCCUUCUUCUUUGCAUCGGACAUUCACUAAGGGGAGCAUUUGUGGCUACACAACCAUCAUCGUUUUCCUCCUCUCAGCCAUCGCCUCCGCGUCAUUUCCCCGCAAAACCUCGGGUUUUGUAACGUUCAAGCCCGGCAAUUUUAUUUCAAGACCGUGUAAAACAUUCCAUCGAGACGUAAUAUCUCUGCCACGUGGCCUAGCGAUGCUUCGCUUUCACGGCCGCAGUUCCGAAAUGAGCUUGAGAGAUCCUCACGCUUCCCCUACUCAGGGGCCCCUCAGGGGGUCCUCCCCCCCACCCUCCUCCCUUAUGUCCUUCAAAACCAGCUCUCUCCAGGCCUUCCAACUACUAGGAAAGUCCACUCGCUGGACUGUAGCCAGCUUGGUAGCCGUCAUGCUUCUAGUCCGGCGGGACGCCGCGAUUGUCAACUUCACAGUAGGGGCUAUUCUGAAUGCCAUGCUUGGAAAAAUCUUAAAACGUCUUAUCAAAGAAGCUCGACCAGACGGCGCGGUCCUGGAGGAUCCAGGUAUGCCUAGCUCCCACGCCAUGGCCUUGUUCUACAUGUCUGCUUUCCUUGGGAGCGCGCUGUGCCAAAAGAGGGGGAUCGGGGUGCUCCCGCCCUGGUGGCCUUUGGAUGUCCUGCCCACCAUUGCCUUGGGCGGCCUCUAUGUCUCUGUCGCAAGCGCUUGGAGAGUCUUCUCAGGUCUGCACACGUCCGCACAAAUCUUGGUCGGGGCGGGUGUGGGAGGUGGGGUGGGGUUGGCGUGGGAGAGGGC